CAUGGAUACACGUAUAUAGCUAAGAGCACUGCUGGAGAUUUAGACCUGCGUCCUCUAUAUACAGACACUUCCACAGUGCGUAUUCUCCACACGCGAAUAAACGGCGACCAGCAUUCCGCGGACGUUACACAAAUUGACCGGUAUCAGUCCAUUCCAUUGUCGGUGCAGCUUACCAAAAACGAUGGGUACAAAGGAAUUCAAAACACAAAUAUGUCACCCUACAUGUUUGUUGGAUUUCUCCCGAAAGGAGAAGCAAGCCAGAAGACCGAGCAAGGAUGGAAAGUUGAAGGUACAGAAUUUAAAUUCAAAAACUGCGAUGCAAAUCCGAACAGUUACUUUGCCGUUUUGUUUAACGGUGCCAAUACCGGUUACACACGUUAUCCCGGUAGCUACAACAGUCGGCAAUUUGCUUGGAAGAAUUUGGCAAAAGCAGUCGCUAAUGGUCAAAAGUUAACGGAUAAUUUUUUGUCGGAGUUCUAUGAGAUUCAUUUCGGUGGAUGUGGCGGGUACAGCACGGGGGCUAUGGAUUCGGACGUAAAAGGCGUUGCAGUUGGACUGAAGUUUGAAAUAACCCAUUGCGCAGUCCCAUGUGCUAUAGUCAACGGACAGGUUUCAAUAACCGGCAACAAAAUCAAUGAUAUCGCUACGUACGAGUGUAAUAAAGGAUAUGCUAUGAUUAGCGGGGAUGUUACGCGCACGUGCAUGGGAAACGGCGGAUGGAGCGGCGCUCCACCAACGUGCAUGCAAGAGAACUGUGUAACGCUUCAAAACGCCAAAAAUGGUCAGCUACAGAGCGGUUUUCAGGAUAUUACAAGAAAUGGGGAAACAUUUAAAGUUUACUGCGAGUACAAGGAUGGGGAAGGAUACGUAUUCAUUGAUCCAGGCAAGUUACCAGCUAGCAGUAUCGAUAUGUUGUCUCUGUAUGAUGACAGCACUCACGUCAGGGUCGUUCAUCUCCGUAACAUGGACCGCGGCAAUAACCCUCAGUAUGAGGCAAGGAUGCAACAACUUCCGGCCUUCGCUUCACUGCCUGUGUCAGUUCAACUAAACGCAAAUGUUGGUUAUAAGAAUAUUCUAAACCAAGGGAUGGGUCCAUAUCUUUACAUGGGAUUUAUACCGAAAAGCAAUAACAGAAUUCGUGAUACCCAAGGCUGGAGGGUAAACGGUAACGACUUCACAUUUAUCAACUGCGAUGGUAAUCAAAAUUCCUAUUUCGCCAUUCUAUAUAACAAGAAAAAAACGUCAUACAAUGGAUACCGGCACCCUGACAGGCCUAUCAUGUUCGCAUGGUACGAUCUAGCAACAACAGUCGAAACACCUCUUCCGCAGAAAUUAUUCACAGAAGAAUAUGAAAUCCAUCACGGUGGUUGCGGGGGUUACAGUAUCAGCUUAAAUAAACCUGACGUAAAAGGCGUAACGGCUGGGUUCAGAUUCACGGUGACAUGCGCACAGCCUGUUGAUGUUGUCUACGCUAGUAAAACGGUUACGGGGCUGAUACCCGGUUCUACUGUGGUCUAUAGCUGUAGCGGUGGAAGGUCGAUUGUCAGUGGAGAUGGCGUGAGAACAUGUACCCCAACGGGCGGAUGGUCUGGCCAGUUGCCGACGUGUGGUUGAAAUGGCGGCUGAACAUGACAUUGGUUGAAAUGGCGGCUGAACAUGACAUUGACAUGAACAAGCAUAAUAUGAUUUGUUAAAUAUACGUUUGAGGUUAAACUUUUCACAAUAAUGCAGUUAUAUGUUGUUGUUUCUAUUUUAAUUGGUUUAACCUCUGCAAGACGAUUAAUGUCAGGUAUAUCUACAAACGCUUUUCCCUUGUUUGGAGGCGCCAACAUAUUUUCGUUUGCAUUUAAUACCGUUACACCUGUUAUAAUACAUGUAUAUUUUCCUUAAAUCAUGUAUUUAUCCGAAUAAAAACAUGUAACGAAACGUU